AGGAACCCUAGCUAUCAUUUCACUCAAGAAAUCAAAAUUUGAAAAGCGGAAUCAAUCAGGAACGCAGCGGAAUUAAGCGACUAUGGUUGGGCUACCCUAUGACUGUCUUGCUAACCCUCUCGGAGCAGUCCGAUCCACCUUCGAUAAGGCGAUGUCUUCCGAUUCCAGUGCGGCGGCGCUCGACGGCAAGGACUGGGGAGCUGCCGAAGUCUUCCGUCAAUUUCUCUUCGAUGAUGGCGGCCUGUCUCAGGUGCCGUGGCUUAGUUCAUCAACAAUGAAAUGGGUGCAACCCAAUACUCUUGUUCGGUUUCGGGGCAUGAUACAAGAUAUGUUGGGCAAUGAAUUUUAUGUUGGUGCUUAUAAGGACGGUGAUAAGUGGAUAACCAAUAAGUUUGCUGAUGGUUCCCAUGGUCCUUCUGAUGCAUCAUCAGAUGUGCGGAUUUGGGAGCGCCGACUUCUUUACUGUACCCCUGUUCCUGGGCAGAACUCAUGGGUAGAGUGUGCUCCUGAUGCUAUGAGAAAUCCAUAUAUUAGUGCUAUGUCUCCACUUAGGGAGAAGCGGCAGAGGGAGGAUGAAGCAACCGAGAGUGAUGCUGAUAUGGUGGAACCAGGCCAUGCCAUUGAGGAUUCUCCCAAUCCGAAAAAGAUGCGUGAGGAUGGAGUUGCUUUUGAGCCAUUUAAUUUGCAGAAGGUGGUGACUGAAGGAAGUACAUCUAACUCAAGUACACCUCCCGUUGAAAGAAAUUCUGUUUCGUGUCUUGUAAAGAUUUAUGACUCUCCUGAGUCAGACUUGAAGCUUAAUGAAGUUUUUGAGUUUGUUGGCAUCUUCACUUUUGACCCGGACCUUACCGUACCCAUAGAUGAUAAAGAAGUCAUGGAUGACUUUUGUGAAGAUGAAUUACUUUGUCUGCCUCCCUCCAAGGUUCCUCGACUUCAUUGUGUUGUGCACCGGAAGCUUGGACCAAGUGAUCUUGUUUCCAGUCCUCAUUUGGAGUUAACAACCCCAGUAAUAAAAGAAAUAAGGGAAGCUCUUAUUGGACAUCUCACAGCUGUUCUUGGAGGUGAUCGGUUGCCAGCUGAAUACAUUUUGUUGCACCUGCUAUCCAGAGUGCAUGCAAGAGUAGAUGAAGUUGCUGUUGGAAAGCUAUCUCUAAAUCUUACUUGCUUUAACAAAGAAAACAUGUCUGUGUUUGGAAAUAAUCUUAAACUGGUAAUAGGAAGCCUCAUGCCUUUCACAGAAUGCUUGCCUCUCACUGUUGAUUAUCUCAAUUCAGUUACCCUCGCCCCAAAGAAGGACUACAACACAAAUAGGCUGGUGUCUGGGCUUUUACAGUUAGCCGAAGGCUCACAUUUAACCAUUGACGAGACCCCAUUACAAUCUGGAACCCUCAACUCUGGAGGCCUUGAAAAUGCACAAGUACUAAGAAGCAUGAUGGAGUCACAAAAGGUUCAUUAUGAUUUCACAUAUUAUAAAAUGGAGAUGCCUGCAGAUGUUCAAUUCCUGAUCCUUUCCGAAGGCAAAUCAAAUAUCCUGCCUGCUGAUCUCGUCCUCCCUUUUCACCCAUCUUCAGUUGACCCUGCAUCAGGGGUGGAUGGAGAAAUGCUGAAAGCUUGGAGAUGGUAUUUGGCUACCAUGAAAUCACUACCUCAUUCAAUUGAUCCACCUCUGCAGAAGGCUGUCGAAGAUGAUCUAGUUGCUGCUCGACAAGCGGAUAGGAGCUUAAGCAGAGAAGACUUUAGUAGAUGGCUUACGAUGGGGCGCCUGAUGUCGGUCAGUUUUGGGGCGACUUCUUUGUCGAUGGAACACUGGCAAAUGGUGAAAGAACUUGAGAGGCUCCGGAAGAAUAGGUUUCAAGGGAAUCUCUGAAGCAGAUGAUAAAUAAACAGUGACUGUUGUAGAUCCCCUUAAUGUCUUCCUAGUUUGUUUUGUUGUCAGAAUGAAGUGAUGGUCUCACACAUCAUUAGUAAUGUCAUUUACAAACUCUUUACCCAA